AUAAGAAUGUUAACAUUAAGAGACAUUCCCACCCCCUUUUAAAUUAAGCUUUAGGGAUCAUCAUGGGAGGAUCAGAAUCACUACCUCAGGUUUCACUGACCACCGAUCGUGUAGUUCUAGUCACCGGGGGAAAUACGGGUAUUGGAUAUGAAACAGCCAAAUGGAUAGCCAUGAUGGGGGCAAGAGUAAUCAUUGCAUGUAGAUCAGAAGAACGAGCCAAGAAGGCUAUAGAGAAAAUGCAGAAAGAGUUUGGAGAAGAGAAAACUAAAGGUACUCCUGGACUUUGUUCUAAUGAGAAUCUGGCAGUGGAAUUCAUGCCUCUAGACCUCACAUCACUAAAAUCUGUGGAGAACUUCAUAAACAACUUUAAAGAAAAGGAAAACAAGUUGCACCUGUUACUUUGUAAUGCAGGGAUUGCACUUCAUGGACAAGAGUACACCGAAGAUGGAUAUGAAAUCAUGUUUCAGGUAAACUACCUGGGACACUUUCUGUUGAUUUCCAAACUGUUACCUGUGAUGCUGAACUCGGGUGACGACUGUCGCCUUAUUUUAGUGUCCAGUGAAGCCCACCGCACUGCCAGCUUUGAUUUGGAGAAGGCACAAGGAAAACAUCACACAAAAGAAAACUUCAAGAGACUCUUGUACUAUGGAAAUUCUAAACUGUAUCAGAUCAUGCAAAUGUACUGUUUAAACCGAAGACUACAGAAUACAAACGUGACUGUCAAUUGUAUACAUCCGGGUAUUGUUGAUACAGAAAUCAGUCGAAGUUUUUCUGAAUUACAACUAUGGAGAGUGUUCUUUCAGUUAUCAAAAGCAGUUGGUAACACAAAAACUCCAUUUGAAGGUGCUAAGACAUUAAUCAGUGCAGCAAUCAACCCAAAAUUUAAAGACACGAGAGAUGCUUAUUUUAUGGACAUGAAAAUAAAUCAAGCAAACAGCCUGGCAAGAGACCAGCAGAAGCAGGAAGCCCUGUGGAAGUAUUCGAUAGAUUGUCUGAAGGAUUUCCUUAAGAAAGAAGACAUGGAGUAUCUAGAAAAAGAUUAAUGUUGUUAUGUGACUGGAUGCCAGAGAUGUAUGUUGUUAAUCAGGAUCAUUUUUAUUGGUUGACAUUGUCUCUUAUUUAAC